GCUUCUAUUCCACUGUGUGCACUGUCCAGUGCCUGCAGUGUCCAGCAGGAAGUUACUGUCCAGAUAGUGGGAUGUCACAGCCGCUCCCCUGUCCUCCUACUUGGUCUUCCACACCUGGGCAGACUUAUUGCCGUAGCUGUAAUGAUACGUCGUUGCUGUGUGGGGGAGCUGUGGCCCCCCGCUGGAGCCAGCAUGUCCACAGAUCCGGUCAAACGAUCACCUGUCGACCAGGAACAUACAAAGACACGAGGGAAGAGUUAGAAUGUGUGGUGUGUCCAAUAGCUCAUUACUGUGUGGGAGGUGUAGCUGUACCCUGUCCUGCAGGGACUUAUGGUCCAAAAGAAGGUUUGCAGAGGCUGAGAGACUGCACAAUCUGUCCUGCAGGGUUUUACUGUCUGGAAGGCAGCUCACUGAGACCCACCUCCCAGUUCCUGUGCCCACAGGGCUAUUACUGUGAAGAGGGCACUGCCACCCAUCAUGGGUCACCUUGCCCUGCUGGUACAGUAGGGGAACAACUGGGUCAGACAAGUAGGGCAGCCUGCAAGAGAUGUAGAGAAGGACGCUUCUGUCCUGCAGGCUCAUCGGGUCCUGGCUUGCCCUGUGCUCGGGGGAGAUACUGUCCUGCUGGCACCUUAGAAGAAGUGAUAUGUCCUCGAGGCACCUUCACCCCUCAUCAAGGAGCAAUAAGUGUGAAGGACUGUCUUAAAUGCCCGGCAGGUUUUUACUGUCCCGAGGGGAGAAGCGACCCUGUGCCCUGUCCACCGGGCUCCUUUAACCCCUUAGAGGGUCAGGAUGAGUUGGCUGAUUGUAGGGAGUGCUAUGCAGGGAAGGCCUGCACACAGGUAGCUCUGAGAGCCCCCGAUGUGGACUGCAUGCAAGGGUUUGUGUGUCCCCCUGGUUCUUCCAAACUCAAUGCGCCGACCAAUGCCUGCCCACCAGGGACACUGAGCAAUCGCACUGACCUCACUGACCGCUCGCAGUGUCAGCAGUGCCCAGCACGAUAUGCCUGUCUUCGAGGGACUGCAUAUGGCACCCAGUUUCCUUGCCCUGCAGGCACCUACAGCAUCCAAAUGGGGAACAGAUACAGAGAAGACUGCCUGAUUUGUCCUGAAGGCUCUUUCUGUCAAAAGGGCACCUCCAAACCUUCACCCUGCCCAGCCUCCACAUUUCGCCAUCUGAAAGGAGGUCGGAGGCUAGAGGACUGCUCUGCUUGCCCUGCUGGCUAUUUUUGUCCCCACUCAGCCACUGUCAACCCCAGAGUGUGUGGAACUGGCAGCUACUCUGACGAGGGCUCUGUGGAGUGUUCUCCGUGCCUGCAGGGCCACUACUGCAGUAAUGAGACCACUAGUGAGGAAGCCAUGUUAAGCGUCAUGGUGUGCCCCCCAGGCUUUCUCUGCUCUCAAGGUUUGGCACGAGACCCCCAGCGCUCAGCCACCCUCUGUCCUCGAGGUUUCUACUGCCUUGGAGGAGGCAUUGAUCCUAACCCCAUUCCUUGCCCCAAUGGUACCUACAGUGAAUCUCCUGGUUUGCGUGAUGCCAGCGAGUGUGUCCAGUGUCCAGAGGGGAAGUACUGUUACUCCCAGCAGCCUAUUACAAGGUGA